GUCGUUGUUGGUGUGCCGAAGUAUCCGCAUCUUGAACUAACGUGACCGAGACACUUCGCCAUGGCUGAGGAACAAGAAACGAAAAAAGUCGAGGAAACACCGAAACCCGAUCAGGACGGAGCCGUGAAAACCGAAGAACCGGAAAAACCCGCGGAAGAACCGCCGAAAGAAAUGCGAGCCGUCGUUUUAACCGGUUUCGGCGGGCUGAAAUCCGUCAAAGUGUUGAAGAAACCAGAACCCACCGUUGCCGAAGGGGAAGUUCUAAUCAGGGUGAAGGCUUGCGGAUUGAACUUCCAAGACCUGAUGGUAAGGCAAGGAGUCAUCGACUCUCUACCAAAGACUCCAUUCAUCUUGGGCUUCGAAUGUGCCGGAGAAGUAGAGGCUGUUGGAGAAGGUGUUGAGAAGUUUAAGGUUGGAGACAGAGUAGUGGCUCUACCAGAGUACAAGGCAUGGGCUGAGCUAGUCAGUGUACCUCAGACAUACGUGUUUCCUCUACCGUCUGACAUGAGCUUCCUGGAUGCUGCAGCACUUACCAUGAACUACAUCGUGGCUUACAUUCUGCUGUUUGAGCUCGGAGGGUUGGCUCCGGGCAAGAGCGUUCUGGUACACUCCGCUGGAGGUGGCGUGGGCCAGGCCGUCGCACAGCUGUGUAAGACGGAGAAGGACACGGUAGUGUUUGGAGUGGCCAGCAAAUCUAAACAUGAAGCCAUCAAGGAUAGUGUCGACCAUCUUUUGGAGAGAGGCACUGACUAUACAGCGGAGCUGAAAAAAAUAUCCCCGGAUGGAGUGGAUAUUGUCCUGGAUUGUUUGUGCGGAGAAGAAUGCAAUCGUGGAUACUCCCUGCUGAAACCCAUGGGAAAAUAUGUACUGUAUGGAUCAGCCAACGUAGUUACUGGAGAAACUAAGAGCAUUUUCAGCGCUGCUCGAUCUUGGUGGCAGGUAGACAAGGUAUCUCCUAUCAAGUUGUUUGACGAGAACAAGUCACUCAGUGGUCUAAACCUCCGCCACUUGAUGUACCAACAGAACCGAGCGUCUUAUGUGGCCGGACUCUUCGACACUGUCGUCAAACUCUGGUCGGCUGGCAAGAUCAAACCUGUAGUUGAUUCUACAUGGGCUCUCGAGGAUGUGCCAGAAGCAAUGCAGAAGAUGCAUGAUCGCAAGAACGUCGGGAAGAUUGUACUGGACCCGAGUCUGGAGCCUAAGCCUAAACCUGCAACUCCUGCCAAGGGGAAAGCCAAGAGCAUUGAUAAGGAUGAUAAGAAGAAAUCUGAAGAUGAGUCUAACGAUUCCCCACCUCCAUCAGCAGAUGGGAAGGAAAAAGAAGAAGAAAAGAAGUCGAGUUGAGGAGAUACGGAGUAAAGUCGCAGCCUUACGCACCCAACUCUUCAAUCACUUGGUUCCUUUCUUCAGCACUUUAUUUUUCUCACUUUUGUAUUCUGAUUCACUGCCUUUUAGAUUUCAUAAGUUGGGAAAUUAAUUUACCAGUCAUGUAUGCAUUUAGUCAAAACUAUGUUUUUAGAAACAUUGUACUUGUUUAUUAUGGAGAAAGAGAUAUUUUGUUAGCUAUUUGCAGACUCUGUCACACUUAGUGUUUUUGAACUAUCAGUCUGUAAGCUGGUAAAUGGAACAUAUUAAACCAUGGACCAUUAAUGGAUAAGUUAUCUGAACGUAGUAUUAUCGUUGUGAUUCUUAUCGCGUUUUAACCAAGAUUUUCAAUUUCUGUAAGAAAGUUUUAUUGUAGAGUAGAUUAGAUUUAUGUUGUACAUUGUUUUAGUCGUAUUACUGAUAUUUUUAUACAUAGUUAAUCGAGUUAUUAUAUGUUUUGUUGGUUAAUUAUCAUUAAUAUACAACUUUUAAAAUAUUGUUAUCGACCGGUGACUCAUUAGCAUGUAUUUCUCAAAAUGUGUUCAUAACUCACCCUAAAGCUCAUUAAAAAGUUAUUAAAAAAAAAACUGUUCAAAAGAGAAAUAUGUGUUAAUUGGUACGUUCACCUUAGGCUAAGUAAGAUAUAACUAAUUUUGUUUGAUUUAUAUAUUUUAUUAUUGUCACUUAAGCCGAUAAAUGUAAAUUGUAAUGUAUAUAAGCUUAAAAUUUCAAAGAUGCUUUUUGGGAAAUUUUUAAUUAACAGACUUUAAAUAUUGCUUAGCAUAUAGGAAAAGAUUGUUUACACAAUACUCAAAACUGCAAACCCUUGUAUUAUCGAUUAACAUUUUAAUUAGGGAUGAUCCAUUUUAAAACGAUUUGUACACGGAUCAAAUAGUUCCUUUGACACAAAAAUAUAAUCACAAUCAUAUUAUGAAAAUUACUGCAUCGACACAUAUUAUUGGCUGUGAAUCACAACUGUUUGAGAUAGUUUGUAGAAAUUUUUAAAAUAACCGUCCUUUUUUAAUACAGUAGCCAAACGUUCAACUACAUAAGUUAAGAUUUCUACAUCUAAUGCCUUCCAUAACGGCCUUAGGUAGAAAAUCAUCCCAUACAAGAGAUUAGAAAAUAAAACUAGGGCUAUAAAACCUAGUUUGUUAUUUAUUUUUCGUCAAUGUUUUAGCUAAAACCAAAAUUACGAAUACCAACAAAAUCUAGGUGAAAAGAUGUAAUUUUUCUAAUAGCAAAUGGUAUUGUGUCCUAUUAUAACAUAGAUCUAGAAAAAUCAUGUUUUUAAUGUUUUGAAAUUUUUCUUAGCUAGUUGAAUUAAUACAAUAUAUUUUAAAAACACAAUCAGGUGAAUAUUUUUUAGAGGUGUAUGAGAAUAUUAAAUAACUAUUUUUGUCAGUUUAAGUGCUGUCCGGUGCAACCGAGUUAACAUGUAACUUAGUAUUAAGUAUAUUACCAAAGUCUCGUAACGUAGCUAACCAGUGAGUGUGUGGCGAUAUGUGUCUAUCACAACUAUCUAUGUCGUUCAAUCUUACCUGUAUUCCAUCUGCUUUGUCUGUAUUCUAUUUUAAACGUAUUUUACGCUGUUUUAUAUUUGUGUACACGCAUAUUUAGUCAGAGCCGGAUGAAGCAAGAUCUUCGUAGCUGUUCCGUUGGUACGCUUUUGCGUGGGUGUGUGUAUGGUUACAAUAUAAGGAUCUCUGAAAAUACAGGAUACAUGACCAAAUAAAGUUUAAUGUUUAAUAUUGA